AUGUCGGGUACGCGGCCACAGACGUCAGGAUCGAGUAGUCGUAUGCGGAUACGUAGUUUCCCUGCGGCAAUGGACGAGAAAUACGUCACACAAGUAUGGGAAAUGUUGAAGAAGGCUAUUCAGGAAAUACAGAGGAAAAAUAACUCUGGCCUCAGCUUCGAGGAACUCUACAGAAAUGCUUAUACUAUGGUGCUGCACAAGUAUGGAGAAAGACUGUACACAGGACUAAAACAAGUUGUGGAGGAUCACUUAAGAAACUACGUCCGAGUGAAGAUAGUCGAAUCUCUCGAUUCCGGCAAUUUUCUGGAAGUUAUGAAUGAAGCAUGGAAUGACCACACGACGGCCAUGGUGAUGAUCCGCGAUAUUUUAAUGUAUAUGGAUCGAGUGUAUGUGGAACAAAAUAAGGUCGAGCAGGUUUUUCACUUAGGACUAGCGAUCUUUCGUGAUCAUGUCCUUUAUCAAGACUUCAUUCAUCUCCAUCUGAGGACAACGAUUUUGUCGCUCAUUCAACAGGAGCGGCGUGGUGCUGUUGUGAAUUGGACAGGAAUUAAAAGCGCGUGCCAAAUGCUGGUCGCGCUUGGCAUUCAUUCGCAUGAUGUUUAUGUGGAUGAAUUCGAAACACCUUUCCUUGUUUCCACUGCUGAAUACUAUCGAUGUCUGAGCAUGUGUUUCCUUGUGUCGAAUAGUGCUAGUCUGUACGUGAAAAAGGUCGAACAGUGUAUCCGUGAGGAAUCGGAAAGAGCGAAGCGGUACUUGGAUCCUCAGACAGAGAGCAAAGUUCUGGAUGUUCUAGAAAAUGUUCUUAUCAAAGACCAUAUGCAUACAAUUGUUAACAUGGAACACAGUGGGGUUCAUGUCAUGCUUAGCAAUGAUAAGUUUGAUCAGUUGGCUUCGCUUUACGGUCUCUUACAACGCGUGGAGAACGGACUCAACGUAAUGGCAGAUGCGAUGAGCAAAUAUCUUCGACAAACCGGUGCUGCUACUGUACGGGAAGACUGCGAGCGGACGCCCGUUGUAUUUGUAGAGGAUCUGUUGGAACUGAAGGAAAGAUUUGAUGAGUUUCUUCUGAUGUCUUUUCAACGUGACAAAAUGUUCAAGAAUAGGAUUCAAACUGAGUUUGAAACCUUCAUCAAUCUCAAUAAGAAUAGUCCAGAGUACUUGUCACUGUACAUGGACGAAAAACUGCGCAAAGGGUUGAAAUCCGAAAAUGAUGAAAACGCUGAAAAACUGCUCGACAAAUCGAUGGUUUUGUUCCGUUUCCUUCAGGAGAAGGAUGUUUUUGAAAAAUACUACAAGCAGCACAUGGCAAAACGUCUACUGCUGGAUAAAAGUAUUUCGGACGAUAUGGAAAGGAUGAUGAUCAGCAAACUCAAGACGGAAUGUGGAUGCCACUUUACCCUCAAGUUGGAGAACAUGUUUCGCGAUAAGGAGUUAUGGGCAACACAAGCGACAGACUUCAAAGAGUACAGAGAAAACUUUUUGCGAGGAGGAAACUUGAUGGAGAUAUCGGUGCGAGUGUUGACGGCUGGGAUUUGGCCAACUCAGAGUGUACCCGUAUGCAUACUGCCUUCAGCUUGUGAACAUGCUUUUAAUGUGUUCACCAACUUUUAUAUAAGCAAACACAAUGGCCGCAAACUUACCUUGAACACAAUGCUGGGCACUGCUGACGUGAAAGCUGUUUUCUACGGAGGAACUGCUGCGGCUGCGCGAAAAAAGGAGGAGAAUAAGAUUCUUAUGGUUAACACCCAUCAGAUGGUCAUACUCAUGUGUUUCAACAGUCAGCCUCGCCUAACUUUCCAGGCUCUUCUGGAACAAACCAGUAUAGCAGAAAGAGAACUGAAACGUAAUUUGCAAUCUCUUGCCAUGGGGAAACCUACUCAGCGGGUUUUGUGCAGAAAGGGUAAAGGGAAGGAUAUAGAUGCAACCGACGAAUUCUCAGUUAACGACAACUUCCAGUCGAAGCUAACUCGAAUUAAAGUCCAGCUGGUUACGUUUAAGGGGGAAACAGAGCCAGAAAAGAAGGAAACGAGAUCAAAAGUGGAGGAUGACAGAAAGCAUGAAAUCGAGGCUGCCAUUGUGCGUGUUAUGAAAUCAAGAAAGGUUCUUGACCACAAUAAUCUGAUCACGGAGGUGACUCAACAGCUUAGACAUCGGUUCUUACCGAAUCCGAUACUGAUCAAGAAGAGAAUAGAGUCUCUGAUUGAAAGAGAGUAUUUGGCGCGUGAUACUCAGGAUCUCAAACUUUACAACUACGUCGCGUGA